AUGUAUACGUUUAACAACUUCUCCAAUGUUACCUUCAACACCAGUUCCUGCAAAUAUAACGUCAAUUUUGCCAGAAAAACAAAAGAGACAACAGUCACUGACAAAGCCGCCAUUACCACUGAAUGGGUACGUGAGAUAUACUCCUUAUAUGCUGGAAAGCCCAUGGUUGUGGGCUUGGACAUUGAAUGGAGACCUAACCUAUUUCGUUCAAUGACUAACAAAACAGCAACUCUUCAACUUUGCAUCCAAGAUAAGUGCUUAAUCCUUCAGCUAUUUUACAUGGAUGAAAUCCCACAAUCCCUUAAGAGCAUUCUUGCAGACUCAAACUUCACUUUUGCUGGAGUUGAGGUUGCAAAUGACAUAUCUAAGCUCAAGAACGAGUAUGGGCUGGAGUGCUGCAAUAGUGUAGACAUUCGGGAGCUAGCGAAGAACCGGUGGCCCGGACGGUUUCGUCGGCCGGGCUGA